AUGAAGCAAAAAUCCUUAAAGACGAGAUUCAAAAAAAUGAAUGCGAUCGAAAUAAGAGUGCACAAGCAAGAAAAAUUGAUAAAUUAUAACGACCUAAACGCGAUUACGCAAGUCGAUGAAAUUCUGGAAUCAAUAGCGAGAGUAGUAGGCUUUGAAAACAAAAAAGUUGUAACGGGCGUUAUUGGUGAAAUUAGUGAACAAAUAUCCAGUUGUGUUAGACAAAUCCUAAUUACCCUCUUGAUGGAAUCGAAAACUAAAGCCUUAACUUUAUUAACUGAAGAAUUUUGUAAAGUAACAGAAAAGGUUAUAACUGUAACGCAGGUGAAAAAACUCCUAAAUAAUAUGAAAACUGCUUUAAAAAGGAAAACUGAUUUGAAAACUACGGGGAACAAAGUGAUAAAACUUAAAGACUGGGAAAAGGACUUAUUAACCAUCAUGAAUAAAGAAGAAAAUCCGAUAUUCAGCAAAGUGCCCGGUGCCUUGUCGGUUGGUGUAAAGAGACAAUCGGAGAUGGAAGCAGAAAAGAGCCAAAGUAAUCCUACAACUCACACUGACGAUAAAUUGGAAAGUACAGCUUCAAAAGAUAAAGUUAAAAUUCGAAAAACAAAGGACAUAUCAACAGAUAUGAGACUGAAGAAACAAAGAAUUUGUCUGUGCCAGAACUUCAACGUCUAG